AUGUUGUCAUCAUCUAUCAGCAGGUCAUUGACACAAUGUCGCUGCAUCAAUACCAACAUUGGUAGUGGUGGCAGUGGCAUCAGCAAUCUAGUCAACUGUGUCAGUAGACUUGGCAUAUCAUCAACUGUCACCAAUACACAAUAUAGAUCAUACUGCAAUGCCAAUGUUACAACGGCUACAGGUACAGCUACAGGUGCCACUACAACAUCCAGCCCACACAACCCCUUCCAUCUAUGUAUCAUUGGAAGUGGUCCUGCCGGACUCUACACAGCCAAUCGCAUAUACAAGCUACUCCCCGACAGCAAUGUCACCAUCAUCGAGAAAUUCGUGGGCAACGUCAACAUUGAACAGGACAUCACAUUCGCGGAUAUUCAACGUCGAUUCCAUGCUGUGGUGCUGGCGUGUGGCAUUGAGGGCGAGAAGAAACUGGGCAUACCAGGCGAGGCUACUCUGCAACGAGUGUAUGCCGCACGCGACUUUGUCAGCUGGCUGAACGGCCAUCCAGAGUUCCAAAAGAAACAGUUUUCACUUGACAGCGAGGAUGUUGUCAUUGUUGGCCAGGGCAAUGUGGCGCUGGACGUCGCACGUAUGCUGGUCAAACCAGUUUCCGACAUUGCUUCCACCGACAUUACAUCAACUGCUACCGACUUGCUCUCCAACAGCAAGGUACGCAACGUCCACAUCGUAGGCCGCCGUGGCCCUGCCCAAGUAUCCUUCACAACCAAAGAGGUUCGCGAGAUCCUCAAGUUGCCCAAUGUCAACACAUACAUCAAUGAUCCAGAAUGUCUAAACAUGCCAGAGGAAGAAGCCAUCAAGCUGGAAAGAGCUCAAAAGAAGAUUGUAGACUUGUUCAAGACACAUCUGAAGCCAUACUCAGAGUUCAAGGAGGAGGAGGGCAAGAAGAAUAUUAUAUUCCAUUUCAAGCGAUCACCUGUCGAGAUGGUUGGCCGCGAGCAGUUGGAGGGUGUCACAUUGGUCAAGAACAAUCUGGUCGAGGAUGCCAAGGGCUCAAUUGUAGCCGUGCCGACAGAGGAGCGCGAAUCGAUCAAGGCUGGAAUAGUAUUUAGGAGUAUUGGAUACACUGGAACCAAGUUUAGCGAGGUGCCCUUUGACUUUAAACGCGUCAAGAUACCCAAUGUCAUGGGCCGAGUUCUUCAGGACACUGACAGCGAUGUGGUCAUCCCGGGCCUGUAUGUGAGUGGCUGGAUCAAGUCGGGCCCAUCGGGCGCCAUCGUCAACGUGUCGGUCAACGCCGAGGAGACCGCACACACAAUCAAGGAGGACUUUGAUCGCGACGCCUACACCAAUGCCGUCUCGGGCUAUCAGGGCGUCGUGGACCUGCUCAAGUCCAAGGACAUCAACCUGAUCACGUUUGAGGACUGGAAGAAGAUCGAGGACGAGGAGAUCAAGCGAGGCAAGGAGAAGGGCAAGAUCCUGGAGAAGAUCAUCGUCUUUGACGAGCUCAAGAACAUCAUAUCAAACAUUGGUGGUGGUGCAGGUGGCAGUGCGCCAUCCAACGCCUCAUCCUGA